UGUUUGGUAAACCGGAGAGCAUAAGUCGUGGAAAUUCAGCUGGGCUUGUUUCAGUUAGUGAUAUGGAGAAGAUCAUAGAGAAGAGAAUAUAUGACAAAGUGGCUGAAAAGAUUAGAAAAGAAACAAUGGAAGAUAUGCAGCCCAAGUUUGAUUUGAUGCAAUCCCAACUGGAAUAUUUGAUGAAGAAUGUACAAGCAAGUCCAAAAGUUGGCACACCAACUCGGAGCAGUUGUCAUUCUAUUGAUCAAGUCAACAAAGUUAAGGAAAAUCCAAAACAAACCCGAAUGAUGAAUUUUGAAAGUGGUGAUCAAUCUGCUGUCCAAUUACGACCACUUCUUGUUGAUGAUGAUACACUGCAGCAAUUGGGAGAUGAAUCUAAGAAAUUGAUUACAUUAAUGUGGAUCUAG